AUGCAAGCUGCAGAGCCCAAAGAAACGCUCUAUGUCCGCAACCUCAAUGAAAAGAUCCAUCCAACGCUGCUCAAGACAAAACUACAAAAGCUCUUUUCACCUUAUGCACUGCAGCAAGUGAUUGCUCAUCGUAACAUCCGUAUGCGUGGGCAAGCGUUUUGUGUGUUUGAUGACGCAGCGCAUGCUGAAAGAGCACUCAAAGAUCUACAAGGCUAUCCAUUUGAAGAGAAGCCACUCGUCCUAGCUUAUGCGCAAAGCCCCUCCGAUCGGACAGUUGAGCGGAAAGAGGGCAGUGAAGCGCUCGAGAAGCACAAAGAAGCACGGCUAGCGAGGAAAGCGGCGCGCGGACCAUUGAAGCCCAAUAAAGCGGCUGCUGCUGCACUGCGAAAGGCAAAAGGGUCUGGCAAGGCAGGUCCCGGGGAUGCUGGUACGAAUCCACCACACAAGGUGCUUUUCAUUCAGAAUUUGCCGGAAGAAACGACUGUGGAUAUCAUGCAAGCUGUCUUUUCACGGUACGCUGGGUUCAGCGAGGUGCGCAUGGUACCAGGCAGGAAGGGCAUCGCGUUUGUUGAAUACAAGACCGAUCAAGAUGCCAUUGCAGCGAGAGAAGGCACGCGUGGAUUGCAGCUGAGUGGACAACAGCUCAAAGUGUCAUAUGGCAAAAAGACAUGA